AUGGCCGCGCCCUCUAGCGAGCAGGGCCAGUUUAACGAGACGAGCCGCAGAUGCAAAGCCAUGGGUAUGGGGGUCCAGAUGUUGCCUGGUAAAGGUCCGACCUUCACCGACCCGCUGAAGGAACCCGAGGACCUGCAGCGUCUCCAGCCCAAUGUGGACGUCAACAAAGAGCUGGAUUAUGUCUUCAAAGCCAUCACGCUGACCAGACACAAGAUUGAAGGCAAAGUUCCCCUCAUAGGAUUCACCGGAGCUCCGUGGACCCUGAUGGCGUACAUGAUCGAAGGUGGAGGUUCCAACACAUAUUCUAAAGCCAAGCGUUGGCUCUACCGGCACCCGGAGUCCAGCCACAUGCUGCUGAAGAUGCUGACGGAUGUGAUUGUAGAGUACCUGCUGGGUCAGGUAGCAGCAGGAGCACAGGCUCUGCAGGUGUUUGACUCCCAUGCCGGCAUCCUGGGCCCGGUGGAGUUUAAAGAGUUCUCCCUGCCAUAUCUCCGAGACAUCGCUCGCCGCGUCAAGGACAGACUUAAGGAGAAAGGACAGGAUGUUCCGAUGAUUGUGUUUGCGAAGGAUGCUCACUACGCUUUAGAGGAGCUUUCAGAGUCUCACUACGAAGUUGUGGGGCUGGACUGGACCAUUGACCCCCGAUCAGCACGGGAGCGCACCGGAGGGAAGGUCAGCCUGCAGGGUAACAUGGACCCCUGUGCUCUGUAUGCUCCAAAGGAGCGGAUUUCAGAGAUUGUGAAGAAAAUGUUGGAGGGUUUUGGGAGGAAGGGCUACAUCGCUAACCUCGGCCACGGCCUUUACCCCGACAUGGACCCAGAGAGCGUCGGUGCCUUCAUCGAAGCCGUGCACCAGCACUCUAAACUCGCAAUCAAACAAGCAUGAGGACAAGAUAGAGAAUGUAUAUUAUUAAAGAUGUGGAGAAGAAUGCAUUAUUUAAUAAAAAAAUCUAAACCUGUAUCUUUGUUUAAGUAACAACAAAAACAACUGUGUGAAUCACUGCUAAAUACAAUCACAUAUCGUGCAACUGUUCAGGAUAAACAUGUUGCUUCUCUAAGAUGGGAUAUUUUUCUCUUCAUCCAUGAGGUGUUUAUCCAACCAGGAGUGGAUUAUGUGCUUGGAUUGAAAAGCAAUCAGAUGAUUCUAGCAUGUAGAUGUACAUGUAGAGCUCAGCUGUACCAUAUUAGUGAAGAUAUUUCAUCUGUUGGAAAGCUUGGAUGAUGAAUAUUUUCCAAGUAUUAUGUUUUUGUUUUUUUCAGGAAUGUUACUGUAGCACAUAUAAAUAUAUAAAACACUGAAAUACUUAAGUAUAUUUAGAGUCUAUAAGCUUGUCUUCAGGCAGAGUAGUUCUUUUGAAAAACAAAUGAGGGAUUUAAAAGCCCUGUAAACAACAACAGGUGAUUUGUUUUAAAGGGUUUUGUCAAGGGAGCUUUUGUUAAAGUAAGAAAAACAUAUUUGCUUUUUUUUGGGAGGAAAUGUCAGCACACAGCAGAUGUUGAUGACUCUGCUGCCUAACAUCCUGACUGAGCAACUCCCCCUGCUGAAUCUCAGCAUGGGAAGAGUCACACACACAUACUUCCCUUACCGAGAAAACAGAUAAGAACCUACAAAUCUUGAUUUUUGUGUGGUCGUUUCCAGUCCUGGUUUAUUACACCUUAAUUUUUUUUGGUUUUUUUACAAUGAAAUUGCUGUCAGUUUAAAGUUUGAGCCUUAAUAAAUGUGUCCAAAUUCAAACAUCUUACCUAAACAUUAACCUCUAUAGGAAGGAAGUUGGGUAAGAUGUUCAACAGCAUCCAAUGACUUAAACCUCAGAGCCUGAAGGGUGAUGCAUGGUGAUCACGAAAGAAAUCCACUGGGACCACAGGCGUAACUUUCUGAAGGAACUGGUGUGGACAUGUCCCCACCAAUAAUUUUAAUACAUAGACUUUGGCAAUAUGUGGGACACAUUUUUUAAUUUGAUUUUGCUGCUUUUGAAGGAGGAUAAUCACUGAUGUAGCUGA